AUGGACAGUCCACCAUCUGGCGAGGUUGGCUUUCAUGAGCAACAGAAUCCAAAAGAUAAAACACAAGUGACAUUGGCAGAGGACGGAGAUUCCGCUCAGCCACUUUCGGUGUUCUCAGGUCUUUGGAAGCGUCGCGACAAGAGGGAUCCGGAUGCCAUUGCUACAGUUCGCAGUGUUUUCGAUGACCCACACCUUGCUCCCUACUACGCACCUCAUUCUGAUUAUGAGAAUCUUCAUCGUUUUGAUCCAAAUGAACGAUGGACAGUUCGCGAGGAGUCUGCCGUGAGGAGAAAAACGGAUUGGACAAUUCUCCUAUGGAUACUGGUUAUGUUCUUUGGGCUCAACCUUGACCGUGGAAAUUUGGGGAACGCCGCGGCCGAUAACCUUCUGGAUGAUCUGAACUUGACCACGAAUGACUACAACAAUGCACAAAAUAUGUAUCGCAUUGGAUUCCUCAUUGCCGAAAUUCCAUCGCAAAUGGUAGGUAAAAGGCUAGGACCAGAUCGAUGGAUCCCGCUACAAAUUAUCGCCUGGAGUUUUGCAUCAGGAGGGCAAUUCUUCAUGCAAGGCCGCAGUGGUUUCUUUGCCUGCCGCUUCCUUCUGGGUUUCUUUAUGGGAGGAUUUAUACCCGAUUCAAUUUUGUACUUGUCGUACUUCUACACAAAGACGGAGAUGCCAUUUCGCCUGGCUCUUUUCUGGUUCACCGACUCCAUCUCCGGGGUUAUCGCAUCUUUCAUAGCAUACGGUGUAUUGCACAUGCGUGGAGUUGAUGGCCGAGAAGGAUGGAGAUGGCUUUUUCUCAUCGAAGCUCUUAUUAGUCUUGUGAUCGGCUGCCUCAGCUUCCUUUUUCUCGUUCCUGGGCCUACGCAGACGAAAACCUGGUGGAAUCCAAGGGGCAUUUUCAAUGAGAGAGAAGAGACUAUCAUCGUCAACCGUGUAUUGCGCGAUGACCCCUCUAAGGGCGAUAUGCACAAUCGACAAGCAUUAAGCUUUGGCAUGUUGUGGCAGAGCUUGAAAGAUUAUGAUUUAUGGCCAGUCUAUCUAAUCGGCAUCCUUUUUGAGAUACCAACAAGUCCACCCAAGACCUACCUGACUCUUUCUCUAAAGAGCAUUGGGUUCGGCACUUUCCAAACAACUCUGUUGUCGAUACCAGUCACCGUGUUUGCCGCGAUCAAUCUGCUCUUAGUCACAGAGCUGAGUGAACGGUCGAAACAAAUAUCCAUUGUUGGUUUAUUGACACAAGUAUGGACAUUGCCACUCUUGAUUGUGCUUUAUACAUCAGCCGGGUCCUUAUCCAAUUGGGCUAUGUACGCGGUAUCGUUUGUUUUGCUAGGUUGGCCCUCGCCACAGGCCGCUCAAGUGGGAUGGUGCUCUCGUUUGAGUAAUUCUGUCCGAACGCGAACAGUUAGCGCUGCGCUCUUCAACAUCACUAUUCAACUUUCUGGGAUUGCCUCCUCCAACAUUUACCGUUCAGAUGACUCGCCUUUAUAUCGACGCGGCAAUGGGCAGCUCAUUGGUAUAAAUGUUGCAACUAUUAUAGUUUAUGCCCUUGCAAAAUUGUAUUACACUGCCAGAAACCAAUGGAAGAAAGAACGGUGGAAUACUAUGAAUACCGAGGAGAAAGCAACUUAUCUUGACACGACUAAUGAUCAAGGAAACAAACGUUUGGACUUUCUCUUUGAGAGUUAA